CUGGAGCAGAGCAUUCAGGGAAACAACUGCCUGCGACUGCAGCUUGAACAGCAGUCGGAUGGUGGCUGGCUCCAGGAAAGCCAGCCUCAGCCUCUCCUCCGUCAAGCAGAAUUUCCCUGCCAACACUGACUCUGGAAGCAAGCAGCCACUCUUCCAAGAUUCAGUUGCCUCCCCUCCAGUUCGGGAUGUGGGCAUGAAUUCUCCAGCUCUGGUCUUCCCCAGCUCUUCUUCUGCUCCUCCUGGCUCAGAGACCACAACCUUCAAUAGGACAAAUGAGCUGGGUUUGGAUGCUUCUCCAGUGAAGAAGAACCCUCACCCUCCCAAGCUGGAAGGUGAUGCUACUGACGGCUGCUUUGCCAAUAAGCAUGGCCGCCAUGUCAUUGGACACAUUGAUGACUACAGUGCCCUAAGACAGCAGAUUGAGGAGAGCAGACUGCUGGUCAAGAAGAUAGCAUCUCUCAUGAGAUCAACCUGCAACUUUCCUGGCCUUGAAGCUCCAGGCCCAGAGGAGAUGGGCAGCAAAGGUGUCCAUGAGCUCCUGAGCAGCACCAACACUCUGCACCAGCGGCUGGAGGAGUCGACCUCCCUCCUCACCAUGUUCUGGCGAGCAGCCUUGCCAAGCUCCCAAGGCCCUGCACUGGCUGGCAAAGUGGGAGAGUCCGUGAAAAGGGAGCUUCUGGAACUGAAAACCAAACUAUCCAAACAGGAGAGUCUACUUCAAAGCACGACCGAGCGUCUAAAGACUGCCAACCAGCAGAAGGAGAGCAUGGAGCAGUUCAUCUUCAGCCAGUUGACCAGGACUCAUGAUGUUUUGAAGAAGGCAAGGACUAACUUGGAGAAGAACACUUACAAGAUUGCCUCCAUAAAGCCUUAUUCCUGUCCCAGCAAAGGCUGUUUGUACAUGUGCAUGUUUCAUACCAAGCACGUCUUGUCCUGGGAGAUCACAAAAGCCAUCCUUUUUCUCCAAAGUGAAUUGGAGAGUGACCUGGUCCCUGAAGGGGGAGCAUAGCAUCCAGCCACCUGAUGUGCAGUGGCUUUGAGCAGAGGUAUCGCCACAGGAGGCGGUGGGAAGCUUUUCCUCUGACCUGUGGCACCAGGCGCUCCUCCAGACCUCAGCACAUCCCCUUAGCUCAUCGUCUUAACAGCCUCUCACUGUGCUCCUGGCUCAUGUCAGCACUCAGCUCUCUCUCCAGCCUCAGGAGCUGUCGCCACUCAGCUCUCUCUCCAGCCUCAGUCAGCCACCAGCAGGGCCUGAUAAUGGGCUCUUACUUUGUGUUAUUUUGGU